UUAAACUAAACGAAUAUUGGAAGAAUUAUAUUUACACCAACUGCCUCAUGAACACUUUACCUGUCCCGAUGAAACGCGACCCCCUGGCUGCCGAAGCAGUCAUGAGGAAUCUCAUCUCUACUCGUAUCCCCAUCACAGACUUCAAGGGUAACUCUGCUCUUUUGGACUCAUUGGAUUACCAGGCACUGUGGACUACUGCUUUCUCUGACAUUGUCGAAAAAGCGCCGUUCUACAAUGACAUUGGCCAACAAAUCGGAACCAUCGACUUGAUGAAGACGAAGAAGCGCGUGCGUAUGAUGUACCUGCCUUACCUCAAGAUGAAGGUACUGGAGUUGCCGGUCGGCUACAAUGGCCGUUACCGUAUGAUGUUAGGAUUAGCUAUGGGAUCUACAAAGGAAUCUCUUGAAGCUAUGAAGAACACUAUCGUGUUUGAAGUUCUCGACGGUCUCCAGACUAGCCGAAUACCUAUCGACAUUGCUAUUCCUCGCUUCACAAUGACCUCUGAAUACGACGCCCGACCCUUUUGGAAGGUUUGGGAGUGCGCAGCAUGUGGACUGACUCAAACGCCACCAGGAACAUAUCCGACCCGGCCGCCAAUCCCAGCUCGAUGGUCCAGCGAGUGACGAUCACGUUUGACCGUGCUGGCGUGCACCCCAAUACUGAGGAGUUGCCCAGCUUCCUAUCUGGCACCA